AUGUUUAUUAAAGUAUUAUUACAACCAAUAUAUGUAUUAACUUCAUUAUUAUAUCAUACAACAAAACAAUUUAUAUUAUUUAUUGAUAAUAAUAUGUCAAUAUCAACAAUUUCAAAAACAAAUUCAAAAAACCACCAAAAUGAUGUUAAUUCUUCUUCAAAUUUUUUAAAUAAAAAAUUAUCAUCUGAAACUUUGUUAUUUCAAAGAAAAGAUUUAAUUUUAGUUACUUUAUCAUCUCAAGGUUUAGUUAUAAAUAAUAAUAAUAAUAAUUUGAGUAAAAGUAAUCAUAAUUCAAGUAAUUCAAGUCAUGAAAGUUUUGGAGAAGAUAUAACAACCACAACCCAACAAUCAAAUUAUUUUACAUCUUUUUUUAAAUCUUGUUUUGGUAAUGAAUCAUCAACAAAUAUAAAUUCAAUUAUUCCAAAAUUUAUAUCUUUCAAAAAUAUUCUAUUCAUAGAACCAAUAAAUUAUAAUGAUGAAGAAAUAAAUGAAUUUAAAUUAACUUAUGUUAUACCAAAUAAUGAUGAUAUUUUAAAAAAAGCAAAUAAAUUAUCAAUUCAAAUAAUAAAUAUUCAAAUUCAAAAUUUAAAUAGUAUAAACACAAAUGGUAAAUCUAUUCAACAAUAUAUAAUGAAUAAAUCAUAUCCUUCAAAAAUUUUACAACAACCUUCUAUUUUGGUUGUUAUAAAUCCUCAUGGUGGUCAAGGAAAAGCUAUUCAAAUAUAUAAUGAAAAAAUAAAACCAAUAUUGAAAGCAGCACAUUGUAAAAUUACAUUUAUUGAAACUAAAUAUUCAAAACAUGCAAUAGAUCUUGCAAAAAAUUUAAAUAUUGAAGAAUAUGAUAUAGUGUUGUGUUGUUCAGGAGAUGGAAUACCUCAUGAAAUAAUAAAUGGAUUUUAUCAAAGACCCCACAGAGGAAUUGAUGCAUUUAAUAAAAUUAUAAUAACUCAAUUACCUUGUGGAUCAGGUAAUGCUUUCAGUUUAUCUACAUUAGGAGGAUCAAAAUCAACUGAAAUUUCAACUUGGUUAAUGCUUAAAUCAAUACCUAAAAAAUUAGAUUUAAUGUGUAUAACUCAAAACGUAAAUAAUGAACUCACAACAAGUCUUAGUUUUUUAUCUCAAUGUUUUGGUAUUAUAGCUGAUGCAGAUUGUGGAACUGAACACUUAAGAUGGUUAGGAUCCAUGAGAUUUGAAAUUGGAAUUGUACAAAGAUUAUUUAAUAAUUCAAAAUAUCCUUGUGAUUUAUAUGUUGAAUUUGUCACACAAGAUCAAAAUGAAAUUAAAAAACAUGUUAAAGAUUAUACAAAUAAAGAAGAUACUAAUGAAAACAAAGAAUUAGAUGUUGAAGAUUUAACUCUUUCAAAUACAAUAAAUGAUGAGAUUCCAUCAAAUUGGAUAAAAUUACCUUCAUCAUUAACAAAUAAUUUGAAUAUUUUAUAUGUUGGUAAAAUGCCUUAUGUAUCAACAGAUGCUCAAUUUUUCCCCGCAGCAUUACCAAAUGAUGGAAAUAUGGAUAUGAUAAUAACUUCUUCAAAUACUUCAAUAAUUGAUUUAUCAUCAAUUUUAUUAAGUGUUGAAAAGGGAACACAUAUAAAUAUGGAUAGUUCAAAAAUUUUACAUUCUAAAAUUAAAGGAUAUAGAUUAAUUCCAAAAUUAAAUGAUGAAAAUGGUAAACAUUUUAUAUCAAUUGAUGGUGAACUGUUCCCUUUUAAACUGUUUCAAGUUGAAAUAAUUAAUGGAAUAAUGACUACUUUAUUAUAUGAUGGAAAAUUUACAGAAUCAAAUUUAACAAAAGAUAAAUAG